CACUCAGUCAGUUACAACUGGCUGGUCCUCAUAUCGAUGGGUAAAAUCCAACCAUUUGUUUAAAAAGUCUUUGACAUCCCAAGUUGUCUGAUUACUCAAGAUGAAUACAUCUGAUACACUUUCCCUGAGCAGUGCUCUUCUCGUUAGAUUUCUGGGUCUCGCAGCCAUCUUUAUUCUCUUUCGUAUAAUCUCCAAUAUUCUCCGCCUAAGAGGUAUCCGAGGGCCAUACCAAUAUGCCUCUACCAAGUGGCGACUCGCUUACGAUGACUGGCUCGGUAUCAGAACGAGCUCGAUCCACCAACUUCACCAGAAAUUCGGACCCGUCGUCAGAGUCGGCCCAAAUGAGAUAUCAUUCAAUAGUGUCACUGCCUUAAAGACAAUAUACGGAGCCGGCAGUGGCUUUGAGAGGACUUCCUUCUAUCGCAUGUUCGACGUCUACGGACACCAGAACCUCUUCACAUUUGCCGGCGUGAAAGAACAUGGCGAGAGAAAGAAGCUGCUCAACCACGCAUACUCGAAAUCUAGUAUCCUGAAAUCUUCCGCACCUGCAAUUGAAGAGAAAGUCUGGGAAUUUAUGCAGCUGAUUGAGAAGGAUCCCGAGACGGCGAGUGAGACUUUCUCUAGUUUGCAUUAUUACUCGCUUGAUAAUAUCACGCAUUUUCUUUACGGACCCGAAUACGGCGGGACAUCGUCCCUCACUGGUUCGAAAACAGACCGCACGAUGUUGAAUGAUGUGCUUGAUCCUUCAAGGCGGAAACUGGCUUGGUUCGCAGCUCAUUUACCGCGCUACACCAAAUGGCUCAUGACCCGAACUGGACUCUCGGAGAAGCUGGUCGCUGCAAUGGGAAUGCUGCCUCAAGCCAAGCCAACAGUGUACACAGGCAUUCGCAAUCACGCUCUUGCCUCAUCCAAGACAUUCUCCUCAAUAUCAAGACACGAGAAGACAACCCUCAAAACAUCCACCAUCAUCGGCCGCUUAGCAGAACACCACAUUUCAGUCAAGCAAGACGGUUUACAAGACCUUGAAAUCGCAUCCGAAGUAGCAGACCACCUCCUCGCAGGCGUAGACACCACAAGUGACAGUCUCAUGUUCCUGAUCUGGGCACUUUCUCUCCCAGAGAACACCAAGUUCCAACAGAAACUCGCAGAGGAAGUAUCUGCUAUGUCAGACGAUAUGCUGGAUUCUCGUGGAAUCCCGACUGCAACUGCAACGGACAAACUGCUGUACCUUGAUGCGGUCAUCAAGGAGACGCUGAGAUUAUACGCUCCCCUGCCGGCGUCUGAGCCAAGGAGUUUUCCAGUUGAUUGUACGAUUAAUGGCUACCAUGUUCCAGCGAACACUAUCGUCAGCAUGUCCCCGUAUAAUCUUCAUCGUAACCCUGAAGUGUUCAAAGAUCCCCUAGUCUUCAAUCCUGAACGCUGGCUGGGGGCUGCGAAGGAUGUUGCUGAGAUGAAGAAGUGGUUUUGGGCGUUCUCGAGUGGCGGAAGGAUGUGCAUUGGGAUCCAUCUUGCCAUGGCGGAAAUGACCACUUUGACUGCUGCUAUUUAUAGAACGUAUCGCACGAAAGUGAAGGCUGGGACGGAACAUACCUCACCGGGAAUUACGAGCAGAUUUGAGGUAUUCUACGACGAGACGAAGCCUUUCAUGAAGGAGCACGAAUGUUAUAUUGACUUUCUGAAACUUGAACGUUGAAGGACAGGGAGAAAUCUGGAUUUGGCACUAUGAGUCGAGGUCUAAGGAAGGGUGGACCUUCGUCCAAGUCUAGCAAGCAGCAAGACUUCAGUCAUAUUCAACUGCAUGAUUUGAUAACACACUGAAAACAGUAAGGGAUGAAGCUGCUAUCAAACUGAUUCCGGGCAGGUAGCUGUAACAGUAGUCAUUUGCCACAAUACACUUCACUUCUCACUGA